AUGGACUACCUGGUCAUUGAGGGGUACAAAUCAGCGGCAGAGGAAUUCAGCCAGGAAGCCAAUCUCAUCCCGCCGGUCGAUCCCGAGAGCAUCGAAAGCCGGAUGGACAUCAGAGAAGCGCUCCAACGAGGAGAUGUCGAAGAUGCCAUCACGCGAGUCAACGACCUGAAUCCUGAGAUCCUGGACACGAACCCUGCGCUGUACUUCAAGCUGCAGCAACAGAAGCUGAUUGAAUUCAUCCGGCAGGGACAGAUUGCAGAGGCGCUGACGUUUGCACAGGAAGAGCUCGCACCGCGGGGGGAGGAAUCGCCCGAGUUUUUGUCCGAGCUUGAGCGGACGAUGGCGCUGCUGGCAUUCGACUCUGCGCCAAACGCGCCGGCAGCGAUUGCGGAGCUGCUGUCGCCUGCGCAGCGGAUGAAGACGGCGGGAGAAGUGAAUGCAGCGAUCCUGGAGAGCCUGAGCCAGGGAAAGGAGGUGAAGCUGGUUGGACUGCUGAAGCUGCUCUGCUGGGGCGAGUCGCUGCUGGAGGAAAAGGCGGAUUUCCCAAAGGUGCGUAGUAGAGGGCGAUUCUGGAAAAUGGCUAACGGGGUGCUCGGUGUAGCUGAAUGUACUGGAGGGAACGUUGGUGUAAUAUAG